AUAACUAUGCCUUGUUGGGUUUGGGCAGUUUGAGGUAUCUUGCAACAGAGGAUCAGAUUAGGAAAAGCUAUCGUGAGGCUGCUCUGAAGCUUCAUCCUGAUAAGCUUUCUGCUGCUCUCCUUCUUUCUGACGAGAGUGAUGAAGCAAAGCAAGCUAAGAAAGAAGCGACUGAAUCUCACUUCAAGUUGAUCCAAGAAGCAUAUGAGCUUCUCAUGGACCCAACUAAGAGAAGAAUAUUUGACUCUACUGAUGAGUUUGAUGACGCAUUCCCAAGUGACUGUGCUCCUAAUGACUUCUUCAAGGUGUAG